GCGUUACGCGAACCUUCGUGAGGCGUCGUGACGUUAACGGAACCGAAUCGGUAACACGGUUACAGACGAGCGACGGAGGCGGCGUUAACGGGCCCGCGUCGCGCUCGUCUCGGUUCACGCGAAAACGUGACGUCGCCGUGAUCGUGGCGGUGAACGCGCUAAAACGCACCGGGGGAAAUGGCCGCGCGUGAACGGCUAAAAACGCCCGCGUCUUUCUGAGAGGAUUUUUUUUUAAUUUCGCGGUCGUUCCGCUCGCGUUUGACGGCGGGGCGAGGUCUGCGGCUAAGCGGUUCACCUCGCGGCUCGCGGCUGGAGGAAGGUGUCGGAGUCGAGCCUCGGUCGCGCGCUGCUCGCCCCCGCCUGGCGCCUUCAGCUCGGGAGAAAAAUGAGAAAAGCAGUCGUAAGGGUCGGUUCUCAUACCAAAGACGACCGUCAUGGCGCACGGGUCUCCUGACGGGUAUCUGGAGUCGGACCUCACCUGUCCCAUCUGUCUCCGUCUCUUCCUCGACCCGGUCACUCUUCCCUGCGCUCACAGCUUCUGCUUGGUUUGUCUGGAAACACCAGAGAGGGACAAAACGUCUGGGUUCGAUCAAGCUCUUUGUUGCCCGGUAUGUGGACAGGAACAUCUCAGCCCAGAGUCCCUGCCGAGAAACAUCAAACUAAAACAGAUAGUGGAGAACUACAAAGCCAACAGCAUCAGCGGUGAACUUCAAUCCGGUGCAGAAGACAAGAUACUCAAUGAACAGCCGUCUCCAGAAGACUCCGAUGUCUGCACCUCAACAGAUUCUGGGAAAAGCUCCCUUGUGGAGAACGAAACCGGCGAACGGAGGUCUAGGCUGAAUCCCGUCGUGACUAGUCUCCAAGAAAAGCUGGCUCUGGUAGACGACCUGGCGGAUAAGGAAAAGGCCAGAGAGGCCGCGGUGGAAGCGGCGCACGCAGAUCUGAGGAAGGACGUAGGAAGCGUGCUGGAGGAAAUGGCGGAGCUGGUGAAGACCUACAGCUCCACUGCUUCGAGGCUCCUGGAGGCCGAGUUGAGACCCAGAGAAGACGCUGCUGGGAAAAGAGCGCGAAUGCUGUCCGACCUCCGGGAGUCGCUGAGGUCCGCCGAACUUCGGGUCAGCGCGUUAGCGGACGAGACGGACGAGGCGUGUUUCCUCGAUGGAGUCCGAGACGUCGAGAACCGGGUGUCCGGCGUGACCCUGGAGCCUCUGCAGGACGUCUCGAGCGAUUUGGAGCUGUCCAGCAGUUUGAAGAAAGUCUGUGAGAAGAUCGAGCACCAAAACGUCCAACUCCGUCUCGGGCUUGGAUCGGCUCAGCGGGCCUUGCGCGUCGCUCUCAACCCGUCCGAAGUGACCUUCGACCCCGAUACCAUCCACCCCAACCUGCUCUUAUCCGAAGACCUCAAAACGGUGUGUUUUAGCGCCGCCAAACAGCCGUAUCCGGCCCUUUCUCAGAGGUUUUCCAGUUUCUUCCAGGCUUUGAGUUCCCAGAGCUUCGCCCGAGGAGAGCAUCUCUGGAACUUCCAGGCUGAAGGCUGCUCCUGGGUUCUGGCCGUGUGUUACGGCGAUCUGCCUAGAUCUGGUUCUGGUAGCGGUCUGGAGAGCAGCUCUGGAUCCUGGUGCCUCAUGUACUGUGAUAAUCUUCUGCGGGCGUAUGAGAAAGGCAAGGACACUCCGCUUAGACGUACGCCGUCUCUAAAGAGAAUGGAGAUACACCUCAGCUUCAGCGGCGGCACUUUAGCGUUUUACAGCGUCAGCGACGUGAGUGGAGAUAAAACUCAUCUGCACACUUUUAACGUCAGCUUCAAGCACCCGGUGUAUCUGGCUGUGAGGAUGAUGUCCGGUCAGCCCAAAGCACACAUAACUCUCAACUAGGGACUGAAGAAACCCUACGCCUUAUGCAACACAUUGCUAAAAUAAUUUCAUAGAUCUCAUUCCUCCAUUCUUAUCCUGUUUUCGUAAUGUCAUGUUGCAGUACAUCAAUGCUUAAUUAUGCAUCGUUCUACAGUAGACCGUCACAUGCUUUCUGUUUGCAGUAUUUAAUUUAAUCAUAUACGGUGUUCAUCGGGCAUGUGAUGUUGCUUUUAAGCAUGUGACAUUUGUUGAACUUCAAUAAUACAAGACCAGAUUGCAUUUAAAACAUUUCUAAUUCUGAUUAUAUGCUGUGCCUUUCUUUUAACGUGCAUUAAUACACUAUAUGUCUAAAUUUUAAAUAAGUUGUAGAAUCUACCUUUUUUCUAAAUACUGCAUUAUACUGUACUAUUUAUUGCAUAAAUAUUGUAUUGUUA